AUGGAUCCUCGUAAAGAGGAGGAAUUGUUGCGGUGGUUUGAGGAAAUUGAAGAUGAAGAAUUGGCUUUGAUUGAGUCCGAAAUAGAAUCAGAGCCUGAACCAUCCAGCGAUGAUAGUGAUUUGGAUUAUGUGCCCUCAGAUGAAUCUGCAAUUGAGUCGGAGGGUGGCCAAGUGAAUUAUACAGAAAACGACGAAUGUGUGGAAUGCCAUGAGACAAAUUCAGUUGAAAACGAAUCUGUAACUGAAAAUAAUGAGGAUGAAGGCAUGUGGUGCGAAGAAGCUUCGGAAAUACCCAAUUUUAAUUUUGAUGUGUCUCAAUGUGGUAUCAAAAUUGACCAAAUGGAGAAUAUGUCUCCUAUAGAUAUCUUCGAGAAAAUUUGGAAUGAUGAUGUAAUGAAUUUGUUGAUUUCCAGCACCAACAAUUAUGGUGCGAAACUUGUGGUUACAAAUCGUCCGAAAACUAGGAAUAGUAGGUCCCUGAAAUUUCUUCCGGUCACGAAAAGAGAAAUGAAGAGGUUUAUUGGACUUUGUCUUCUACAAGGAAUGGUAAAAAUACCUGCUAUAAGGAAGUUGUUCACCUACGACCCAUUAUAUUAUCAUCCGAUUUUCCUACAUAUUUUGAGCGGACGACGGUUUGAACAGAUACUCAGAUGUUUCAACGCAGUUCCGGAGGUAUUUGAUACACAGGAUCGCCUUCAUAAAGUUCGAAGUAUAAUGGAUUUGGUAAUACAAAAUAGCAACUCUGUGUAUUCACCAUGUGAAAAACUUUCUCUAGACGAAUCAAUGUUGCUAUUCAGAGGGCGUCUAGUAUUUCGUCAGUACAUAAAAAAUAAAAAAUCAAAGUAUGGAAUCAAGUUCUAUGAACUGACAACCCAUGAGGGUUUCAUUCUGAAUUUGGAAAUCUACCAGGGUCGUGAUGGCGCUGAUCCAUUGCCAGGAAACAUACCGAAAACAGAACAACUUGUUUUACGGUUACUCGGACCUUUCCUGAACAAAGGACAUCAUGUAUUUAUGGAUAAUUUUUAUAAUAGCGUUUCAUUAUCCUCGGAAUUGCUCAAGCUUAGAACUCACUCUACCGGAACACUUAGAGCUAAUAGACGCGGUAAUCCUGCAACUAUCGUCAGGAAAAAACUCAAGAAAGGGGAACAUAUUUGGAGUAAAAAACAGAACACUAGUGUAUAUGUAAGCAAAUGGAAGGAUAAGCGAGAUGUCCUUGCAAUAACUACGGCAGUUCAUCCCGAGAUGGUUACCGUUGGGAAUAGGUAUGGUAUAGAAAAAAAUAAACCUCGUGAAAUACACGAAUAUAACCAACAUAUGUCUGGAAUCGAUAGAAGCGAUCAAAUGCUGAGUUAUUAUAGUUGCCCUCGUAAGACAAUCCGUUGGCACAAGAAAGUAUUAUUUCGGUUAUUGGAUAUAUCGGUAUGGAACUCAUUCCUUCUUUAUAGAAAAGGAUUACAGAAGAAAAUUAAAAUGGUCGAAUUCAGAGAAGCUUUAAUUCUAUCCCUUAUAGAAAUUGAUAUAAAUGAAACAGGCAGAAUUUUCACAAAGCAACGUGCUUCGACUUCUAACUUGCCUGCUGGUGAACAACAUUUUCCUGCAGAAAUUCCUGUAACAGAGCAUUCCAGGAGGAAACAUGCUUUUCUCAAAUGCAGACAAUGUACCAAAGAAGGUAGAAGGAGAGAAACUAGAUAUAGGUGUGAGCAUUGUGAAGACAAUCCACCUUUAUGUCCGGCACCAUGUUUCAAAUUGUGGCAUUGCUAAUUUCGUACAAUAAUUGUAUAUAUAUAUGUUGAACUUUAAGUUUCUUACCAAAUCUAAUAAAGAUAAAUUCUUCUUUUUUUGUUGAAAAAAUGAGAACGUCUUUGGACGUCUAUGUCAUAAAAAAUGGAGAAAAAUGUUCAUGUUGUGACAAUGACGUCUAUAGCCGUCUGUUGUUUUUUUUGCAUAUUCAUAUCCUCUAAAUCACUACUAAUAUUUUGAUAUAUAUUACUCCAAUUUUGAACCAUAUUCAAUCAAUAUACAUGCGCGUCAUAUCACAAGCAAGUGCCAAAUAGGUACUGUCCGUCAAUG